GAUGUUAAGAAAAAUUUGGCUUUAAUUUUCAAUUUAAGUUGUGGGUUGGUUUUUUUUUUUUUUUGUUUCCCUUGUUGAGAAGCUAUAAGCUUUACUAGUCUUUAUUUGAGUUUUCACCCAAUAUAGUGAAAACAGAAGCAGAAUUUGAAAGGGUUCUGUGAAGUAGCAAAAGAAGAGAAAAAUGAUUGCUGAGAAGCCAAGUUGGGUUAGGCAUGAGGGAAUGCAGAUUUUCUCCAUUGAUGUUCAGCCUGGUGGUCUUAGGUUUGCUACUGGUGGAGGUGACCACAAGGUUCGAAUAUGGAACAUGAAAUCUAUUGGCAGGGACUUGGAAAAUGAUGAAUCUACACAGAGGCUUCUUGCAACCUUGCGUGAUCACUUUGGGUCUGUCAACUGUGUUAGGUGGGCUAAGCAUGGUCGAUUUGUUGCAUCGGGGUCUGAUGAUCAAGUGAUUCUAAUCCAUGAGAGAAAGCCUGGUUCGGGGACCACUGAGUUCGGCAGUGGAGAGCCCCCAGAUGUUGAAAAUUGGAAAGUUGUGAUGACAUUGAGGGGACACACUGCAGAUGUGGUGGAUCUUAAUUGGUCUCCUGAUGACUCAAUAUUGGCUAGUGGGAGUUUGGACAACACCAUCCACAUAUGGAAUAUGAGCAAUGGCAUCUGCACAGCUGUGCUCAGGGGUCAUUCAAGUCUUGUUAAAGGAGUUGCCUGGGAUCCCAUUGGGUCCUUCAUAGCGAGUCAAUCUGAUGACAAGACAGUGAUAAUAUGGCGAACAAGUGACUGGAGUCUUGCUCAUAGAACAGAGGGCCACUGGGCAAAAUCACUGGGAUCUACAUUUUUCAGGCGGCUUGGAUGGUCCCCUUGUGGCCAUUUUAUAACAACCACUCAUGGUUACCAAAAGCCAAGGCAUUCUGCACCUGUUCUAGAGAGAGGGGAAUGGGCUGCAACAUUUGACUUCUUAGGCCACAAUGCCCCGGUUAUUGUUGUGAAGUUUAAUCACUCAAUGUUCAGAAGGAAUUUUGCCAAUUCACAGGAAGCGAAAGCCACAACCGUAGGCUGGGCAAAUGGAGCUGCUAAGAUUGGGGGGAAAGAAUCGUUGCCAUAUAAUGUAAUUGCAAUUGGGAGUCAGGACCGCACUAUAACUGUGUGGACUACUGCAAGUCCUCGCCCUCUCUUUGUAGCCAAGCAUUUCUUCAGUCAAAGUGUUGUGGAUUUAUCCUGGAGCCCUGAUGGCUAUUCUCUCUUUGCGUGUUCAUUGGAUGGGACAGUGGCUACUUUCCAUUUUGAAGUGAAAGAACUUGGCCACAGGCUAAGUGAUGCUGAACUUGAUGAGUUAAAGAGAAGUCGUUAUGGUGAUGUCAGAGGUCGACAGGCGAAUUUGGCGGAGAGUCCUGCACAGUUAUUGCUUGAAGCUGCUUCAGCCAAGCAAACCCCUAGCAAAAAAGUGGGUUUGGAUGUUCAGCAGAACCAGAUACCUGUAAAAACUUCUGUUGAGUUGGGGGUCACAAACAAAAUCUCUGAGCCUCAGAAUAACAAUGGGAAGAAGAGUGGGCUUGCUGCUACUGACGAAUUAAAUAAAGUGGUGAGUUCUGCCCGGAUUUCUAGUCCUGUGAAACAAAGAGAAUAUAGACGUGCUGAUGGUAGAAAGAGGAUCAUUCCUGAAGCAGUCGGUGUGCCUAUUCAGCAGGAAAAUAUUUGUGGCAGUGCUCAAUCUCAAGCGCUAGACUUCCCUGUUGCGUCUUCUGAUCGCAGAAAAAAUGAUAAUGGCAUAGUUCCUACUGAUGAUAGUUUGAGGGAAGCUUCUGUCAGGGGAACCAUUAGCAGAAGCUCCGACUUAAAGGAGCGCUCAGGGGUCACUGCCAGGGCUACUGUUACAGACAGCCUGGUUAUUGAGAAAGUUCCAGUCUCUACUGGCCAAGAUCAUAGCAUCAAUGUAGAACAGUCUGGAAAUAUGAAGCCUUCAGGUUCCACUGCUACCUCGACCACAUCUCUUUCAAUUAGGGUAUUUGACAAGAAAGAAGGUGAGGAUAUGACUCCAGUUUGCUUGGAAGCUUGUCCUAGGGCACAUGCUGUGAAUGACAUUGUUGGUGUGGGAAAUGUAUGUAUGAUGAAAGAAACAGAAAUUGUUUGCACUAGAGGGGCUCAAACUCUUUGGACUGACCGUAUCUCAGGAAAAGUCUCUGUUUUAGCUGGAAAUGCAAACUUCUGGGCUGUUGGAUGCGAAGAUGGGUGUCUACAGGUUUAUACAAAGUGCGGAAGACGUGCAUUACCUACCAUGAUGACAGGAUCUGCUGCAACAUUCAUAGAUUGUGAUGAGAGCUGGAAAUUAUUGUUGGUCACAAGGAAAGGAUCUUUGUAUUUAUGGGAUCUCUUCAAUAGGAACUGUCUCCUCCAUGAUUCUUUGGCAUCUUUAAUCACUUUGGACCUUAGCUCGUCUGCGAAAGGCACAAUCAAAGUCAUAUCUGCUAAGUUAUCAAAAUCUGGUUUUCCUCUCAUUGUGUUGGCUACUCGGCAUGCGUUUCUCUUUGACAUGAGCCUCAGGUGUUGGCUGAGGGUUGCAGAUGACUGCUUCCCUGCAUCAAAUUUUGCUAGUUCUUGGAAUUUGGGUUCAAUUCACACUGGUGAGCUCGCUGCCCUUCAGGUGGAUGUCAGGAAAUAUUUGGCCAGAAAGCCAGGCUGGAGCAGGGUAACUGAUGAUGGAGUGCAGACACGUGCUCAUUUAGAAGCUCAGUUGGCAUCAUCUUUGGCUUUGAAAUCCCCUAAUGAAUAUCGCCAGAGCCUUCUUUCCUACGUACGCUUCCUAGCAAGAGAAGCAGAUGAAUCUCGUUUGCGAGAAGUCUGUGAAAGUUUUCUCGGGCCACCAACCGGGAUGGCUUCUGAUUCCAAGAAUCCUGCUUGGGACCCCUAUGUACUUGGAAUGAGAAAGCACAAACUUUUAAGAGAGGACAUUCUUCCAGCAAUGGCAUCCAAUAGAAAAGUCCAGCGUUUGCUUAAUGAGUUUAUGGAUCUCCUCUCGGAAUAUGAAAGUGUUGAAAACAAUCUAGAGCAAAAAAAUCCAUCUCCGCCAACUACAUCUCAACCAACAAUAGAUCCGUUGGACUCAAUCCCAUCUGCGGCAGGUCAAACGUAUUCCGCCCUGCUGGCAACAGAUAAGAAGAAAAAUCCUUCCCUUGGUAUGGAUCAAAUGGAUUAUGCUCCAUCAGUAACUGAUGAACUGAACUUGGGCACCCUAUCAACUGAUCAAGUCACUCAGGCUCCAAUAUGCAAAGAUGCUGGUUUGUGAUGAUUAAAUCUUCAAUAAUCCAUACUAACAUGGUGUUCAACUUAAAAUAGGGGAGUGCGCAGAAAUAAAUAUAUUCCAUGCUGGUUAAACAAAGCUUCUCAUUUUGGUGGAACAUUAUCUGAUUUAUCUUUUUUUUCUUCUUCUGAAGUUUUCUUCUCUGUGCAUGUAGAUUAAGAAUCUCACUUGUUAGUUAAAAGUUAUUUUUUUCUCACCACUGAUGGAAACCAUUCUCUUGUACAUUUGAGCAUAAUACUAAUCAAAUCCUGUCUGUCUUUCAAGUGUUAUUUUAGAUUUUACAAGGGCUAAUGGG